UAACCACUCUCGAUCACCUUUCUCCUAACGGGGGGUCAGUAUCCUCGGAGGCUGCAGUGCCGCGGCGCCUUCGGACCGACGCGCGCGCAUACAAGAUCCAUCCGAUACGAUUGCAACAAUGAUUCGUCACGUGACACUUCUGGCCAUAUGUGCCCAGGUCAUCACUUUCAAUGCGGUGCAAACAGCGAAGCAGCAAGUCGCCCUCUCGGACUCAUAUCUCCCAGUCGCCAUGCAAGUGAUCGCGCACCUCACCGACCAGAUGGCGUUCGAGUCACGCGACGAGCCGACCAAGACGACCACUCGACCGACGAAGGCGACCAAUCGGCCGACGAAGGCGACCAGCCGCCCGACCGGCCGACCGAUGACGACGGGUCGACCGACAGAAAGACCAGACGCGGUGUAUGUCAAUACGUAUCAGUUCAAGAGGCCGGGUAAAGCUAGGCAACAAACAACACCAUACCACAGACCCGGUCUCUACGCCCCCAUAGCGCCUCCCAAGCCCGACGACCGAACCUACCUUCUCCCCCCUAACCAGAACGCCCCCUACACCGUCAUCCAGCCACAGAAAACCAACACGAACGAGCCCCUUCUCUCCAUACAUCAAGAAGAAGUGAAGCCCCUCAUUGAACCGAGUCCAGAGUCGCAUCUUCUACCACCGCAUUUUGAGGCUGAUGUCGAUAAAAUUUCUCGCUCAGAUAGUCUAAUGCUUGAUGAUUGGGAAGAGAAUCUUCAGUAUUUAUCUCCAAGUGUGAGGGAGAUGAUAAAAUUAGCGAAUGAUCCUGAUGAUGAGAGGCUGAUUGAGGAUGUGAGAGCUGGUCCUCAGGGGAAUAAAGGGGGGUCGAAGCUAAGUGCGUCCAAUUUGAGGUUGUUGCUGCUGUAUGAUCUGUUAAGCAGGGAGGCGAAGAGGCAAAGGCUUUCGGAUUACUAUGGUUUCUCCCCUGACGUCCUUCAAACCCUCUCCGAGUCAGCGAGCGGCGGUGCGCGUGCGCAGCUCCGUCUAGCUUUAUCCAAGAUGGUGGAACGCAAGGACUGUCAGCACGAAUACGCGAACAACAGGGCGCGGGAGAUGGUCGAGGAGUUAGGGAGGGACGAAUCGAAGCUGUCCAGCGAGAUACGGUAUCUACAGCCGCUGGUGUAUAACAGGCUUUAGAUUACGUUUAGUAACUUUAAGAAACUUUACAAAAAAAAAUGUAAAACGAAGAAAUUCCGGAAGUCGCAAAAAUAAAUGAUGUCUAAUACUGAGCCUGGUAUAAAGCAGAUCUAAGGAAACGCAGGUUAAUAUUAGUAGUUUCUGAAUUUGCAUAUUUAAGAAGAAAAAUAGACCAUAAAGUAACCAAAAUCGA